CACACACACCACCCACACCCACACGCACACGAGUACCCACACCCGAGAGACAGCCAGCAAGCCCACGGUCACCCACACAUGUACCGAAAACCACUAGGAGAAAAGAUAAAGGACUGCUGUAGAUCAACUAUUGCAUUCGUGUUCAGCAACGUAGUGUGUGGACUAAUGGGGUACACGAUAAUGGGCGCCUUCCUCUUCUCCCACAUUGAAAAGGAGGAGGAGGAGGAUGGAACAGAGGCGGUGAUAGAUGCAGAUGACCUAAGGAACAAAACUAUAGAGCGUCUCUGGAAUGUUACUGUGGCUCUUAAUGUGUUGGAUGAAGGAAAUUGGAGGAGCAACGUGACAGGAAUAGUGCAGAGUUACCAGAGGGAGGUCGUCGACUUGGUGGGAAACGGAUGGACUGGUGAGACGACUACUAUUAAAAGCAAGUGGAGUAUUGAAGGGGGAUUUCUCUACUCCCUCACUGUUAUCACGACUAUCGGCUAUGGACACAUCUCCCCGAACACCCAGCUGGGGAAGGUGAUGACGAUAGUGUACACCAUGUUCGGAAUGCCAGUCUUCCUCCUCUAUAUGGCGAACAUGGGGGACAUUUUAGCCAAGAGUCUGAAAUGGACGUAUGCUAAAAUCUGCAUCUGCCGCCGACCCGCACCCCGCUACGACCCCAGUGUGGCGUGGCGCUCAGCUGACAUGGCCCUGCGAGCUCCUGUAGGCGGUGACGACGUGGCAUCUAUAGAAAGCUGGAAUGCUGAAGGGGAACCAGAGAGAACGGAUGUCACAAACGUUAACAUCCCAAUCACAGUGUCUUUAGUCAUCAUGGUGGCUCUGCUGUACGGUGGCACGCUGCUGUUUGAGAAAUAUGAGGACUGGGACCCACUCACAGCAUUCUACUUCUGCUUCAUCUCCCUCACAACGAUUGGUUUUGGUGACUAUGUGCCGGGUUUGUCCACCACGGCGCCGAAUGCAGAGGGGGACGAAGCGGUCAAGGAUACGAGUUUCAUUUACUGUUCUCUGUACCUCAUGUUCGGCCUGGCGCUCCUCUCUAUGUGCUUCAAUCUGAUGCAGGAGGAGGUGGUGCACAAGAUCACUGCCUGUCUCAACGCUGUCAGGUUCUUCAAGAGGCGAGAGGCAGAUUAGUAGACGCUAGUGGUGGUGGUGGUAGUAGUAUAGUAGUAGUAGUAGUAGUAGUAGU